GCUUUACAACGUGCGGUAUGGUCUGGGAGUUCCGAACAAAACUGUUUGUCUACGGAUCUCUUUUACUCCGCUACAAGACUGCGUGACUAAAUUGGUGCUAUAGUUAUCCAUGGCUAAUUUAUUAGCUGAAGACUGAAGUCUAAAGGCUUGUUGUUCUUCCCUCGGGCACACAUCUCCAAUCUGGCUGUUUCUUUCAAUCUUUAUAUUGUUUUUCCUGCACUGAUUUAAAUCUAUAUUCUGACAGAUUUUGUGGAGAGAACACCAUAGAGCUAGCGCUGAGGUUCUGGACAAACCUGCAGUUUUGAGCUAAAGGAAAACAGGAGGGAAACGGAAGAGAAGCCCUGAACCAAGACGCAUCGACAGAGACUCAUGGGGUUAGGGGAGGCUUCAGCGAGAGGGACAGCCAUGGACGGAGACUGUCUGAGUUGUAUCAAAUACCUCAUGUUCGUCUUCAACUUCCUCAUCUUCCUGGGAGGCUCCUUCCUCCUGGGUGUAGGGGUGUGGGUGCUGGUGGAUCCCACAGGCUUCAGGGAGAUCAUUACAGCCAACCCCCUGCUCUUCACUGGGGUCUACAUCAUCCUGGCCAUGGGGGGAAUGCUCUUCCUCCUCGGCUUCCUGGGCUGCUGCGGAGCCAUCCGGGAAAACAAGUGUCUGCUCCUCUUUUUCUUCAUGCUCAUCCUGGUUAUAUUUCUGGCAGAGUUGGCUGCAGCCAUCUUGGCCUUCAUAUUCCGGGAGCAUCUGACCAGAGAGUUCUUCACUAAGGAGCUGAAGAGACACUACCAGGGAUACAACAACACUGAUGUCUUCACCGGAACCUGGAACGCCGUCAUGAACAACUUUGACUGCUGUGGAGUGAACAGCCCGGAGGACUUUGAGGAGAGCCUGUUCCGGUUGAUCAACCCCAACGAGAUGGUCCCUGCAGCCUGCUGCAGGAGGGGCAGCCAACCAGGAGACUCGGCAUACGUCAACCAGGACGAGUGUCUAAUGGGGAAAAUGCUCUUCCGAAACAACAAGGGUUGUUACUCUGCUGUGGUUGACUACUUUGAGCUCUAUAUAUACGUGGCCGGAGCUCUGGCCAUCGUGGUGCUCACCAUUGAGCUGUUCGCUAUGGUGUUUGCCAUGUGUCUGUUCAGAGGGAUCCAGUAGGAUGCCUGACUGCUGUAGCCGCACGGAUGGGAGCUAGAAAAGGGAAAUCAGGAGGGGGGGAAAAAAGAAAAAUUAACACUUACAAAUGUGUUGUUCUUUUUGUAUCUGCAAAACAAUUUGGUUAGAAAACAAACAAACAAACAACAUCAACAACAAGUACAACAACUACAACAACAGCUAAACAACAACAACAUCAACAACAACAACUACAACAGCUAAACAACAA